AGUCGUGACGUUCGCUUGCUCUCGCGCGCUGUGUAGGCAGUGCGCAGGCGCGGGCUUGGCGGUGCAGGCGGCGGUUGAGGCUUACGGACGCGGUGCCGACCAUGACCCAACAGGGCGCGGCGCUGCAGAACUACAACAACGAGUUGGUCAAGUGCAUCGAAGAGUUGUGUCAGAAACGAGAGGAGCUGUGCCGGCAGAUCCAGCAGGAGGAGGACGAAAAGCAGCGGCUACAGAAUGAGGUGAGGCAGCUCACGGAGAAAUUGGCCCGCGUCAACGAGAACCUGGCGCGCAAGAUCGCCUCUCGCAACGAGUUUGACCGGACCAUUGCGGAGACAGAGGCCGCCUACCUCAAGAUCCUGGAGAGCUCUCAGACUCUGCUUAGUGUACUCAAAAGAGAAGCUGGGAACCUGACUAAAGCCACGGCUUCAGACCAGAAGAGUAGUGGAGGCAAAGACAGCUGACAAGCCCUGUCUCAGCCGUGGCCUAUGGCUGCUCAGUCCCCAACAUGUCUGUCCUAAAGCAUCUUUGUUCUCCAUGGCCUCAGAUGUCUUUUAUCUCUGGUGCCCUGAGUGUCAAUUUCUGACCUCCACCUGCCUUGAGUGACAAGACAAGCCCCAGGACAGUCCAAUGGAAGAUGUGUUCCCAGCUCCGCACUCACAUGUGUUAUUGGGACCUUGAGCUCCUGGUCAGCUCCAUGAGGAGCCUCUUUCUGAAGCUCCUGUAUCUCCUCGGGCUGCCAGGAAUGUCUCGGUCCUAGUCCAGGUACUGUGGGGGCCCCUCACUUUGUCUCCUCAGCCACUAGGGCCCCAGGCCAGGCAUAUUGAAGAAAGAAUCUUGACUCCAGAACCAAAACCUUAGGGCCCAUCCCCAUGACCUCUGGUGUUUCAAUAAAGGUUGUUUUGCAAGAUC